GUUAUUGAUGUUAGUCUUCCUGUUCAUACAGAUUAGUAUUUUAAAUUGUCCCGUCGUAACAAUUCCGUAAAUAUUUUCAAAUCGAUGACAUCCAUUUCUUCAAAAAUGUAAAUAUAACGUGUUCAAUAUUAUAGUUAUCAAGAGGACCCGAUUAAAUUUGAACUAUUGGCCAACAAUGGUAGAAACGUUCUAUUCUGCAUGUUAUAUCCUUAAUAAACAAAGAACUUCUAAGUGUCAGUAUGAUUUCGAAAAUGAACAAAUCCAAAAAAAGUCAUGCUCGGAGUUGGGUUGAAGCAUCAUUUCACAAAAGAGUUUGUGUAACAUUUAUCCCAACCAGUACUGAUAAAACAAGAUGUAGUUGUGGGCUUUCCUUAACAUACCACUGUGGUGGAGGUAGUGGCUCUGUUCAAUUAGAUCCUGAUAAUCCAAAUGAAGUAUGGUCUUCCCUGAAACAUACAGUACUUUCACCUACAGAUGCUUAUGGAACAAUUGAAUUUCAAGGUGGACCUCAUCCUACCAAAGCGCAGUAUGUUAGAUUAUCACAUGAUACACGGCCAGAAAUAAUAUUACAUUUAUUUACUCGAGAAUGGGGUUUAGAAUUACCUAAGUUAUUGAUAACUAUUCAAGGUGGAAAAGCCAAUUUUGAAAUACAACCAAAAUUAAAGAAGGUAUUACGCAAAGGAUUAUUGAAAGCUGCAAAAACAACUGGUGCUUGGGUGUUUACUGGUGGAACAAAUACUGGUGCUACUCGUCAAGUAGGAGAUGCACUCUUACUUGAUUCACAGCGCCCAGGUAGAGUUGUAUCCAUUGGUAUUGCACCAUGGGGUAUAAUUGAAAACAAUCAUGAGCUCCUUGGUCAUAACAAGGAUAUUCCUUAUCAUUCUAUAUCAUCGCCUAGAUCAAAAUUAGCUGUACUUAAUAAUAGGCAUACAUAUUUUCUGUUGGUCGACAAUGGGACUUCAGGAUUUUAUGGAGCAGAAAUUGAACUGCGUAAAAAAUUGGAAAAAUAUAUUGCAAUUCAAAAACUUCAUCCAAGUGCACAUUAUAGUACUCCUGUUGUCUGUUUAGUGAUUGAAGGAGGUACUCAUACAAUAAGAGCUGUGUUAGAAUAUGUUUCUGAUACUCCUCCAGUACCAGUAGUUGUAUGUGAUGGUUCAGGAAGAGCAGCUGAUUUAAUAGCUUUCACACACAAAUAUGCAGUAGACUCUGGAGAGCAAAGUGUUAUUGAGAACAUGAAAGAAUAUCUAUUAAAUACCAUUCAGUGUUCAUUUGAAGUUGGACAAGAUAAAGCUGAACUCUUAUAUGAAGAACUUUUAGAGAUAACUAGAUAUAAACAUAUGAUUACUGUUUUUCGAGUAACCGAUGGGCAAGAAAAAGCACAAGAAUUAGAUCAAACUAUAUUAACAGCAUUAUUUAAAAGUCAACAUUUAUCUCCAUCAGAACAGUUAAGUUUAGCACUUACUUGGAAUCGUGUUGAUAUAGCUAAAUCUGAAAUAUUUGUUUAUGGACAGGAGUGGCCAGAAGGAGCUUUAGAAGAGUCAAUGAUGCAAGCUUUAGAACAUGACCGGAUUGAUUUUGUGAAAUUAUUAUUAGAAAAUGGUGUUAGUAUGAAGAAAUUUUUGAGCAUAUCUAGGCUAGAAGAAUUAUACAACACUAAACAAGGCCCAACCAACACAUUAGGAUAUAUAUUACGGGAUGUUCGACCUCAUAUCCCUCAAGGCUAUAUGUAUACAUUGCAUGACAUAGGAUUAGUAAUUAAUAAAUUAAUGGGUGGUGCAUAUAGAGCUCAGUAUACCAGGCGCAAAUUCCGUACAAUGUAUGCUCAAACACGUCGUUUAAAUAACAUGCAUAGAAACAGCGCUUCAUUUACACGCUAUUAUGGAAACAAUUUAACAUUAGGUGUUUUAGCUGAUUCUGAACAUUCAGAAGAAGAAUCACUUUUUGAAUAUCCAUUUAAUGAGUUAUUAAUAUGGACAGUUUUAACUAAACGUCAAGAAAUGGCAUUAUUGAUGUGGCAACAUGGUGAAGAAGCAUUAGUUAAAUCACUUGGCGCUUGUAAGCUCUAUAAAGCUAUGGCACACGAAGCAGCUGAAGACGAUUUAGAAACUGAAAUAUAUGAUGAAUUACGAAAUUAUGCCAAAGUAUUUGAAGACAUCUCACUUGAAUUAUUGGAUUAUUGUUAUCGUCAAGAUGAUGAUCAAGCCCAACAAUUACUCACAGUUGAGCUUCAAAACUGGAGUGGUCAAACAUGCCUUAGUUUAGCUGUAGCAGCAAAUCAUAGAGCAUUGCUUGCUCAUCCUUGUAGUCAAAUUAUUCUUGCUGAUCUGUGGAUGGGAGGUCUGAGAACAAGGAAAAACACCAAUAUCAGGAUAUUAUUAGGAUUAUUAUUUCCACCAUAUAUAUCAAGGUUAGAAUUUAAAUCUCGAAAAGAAUUGCAGUCAAUGCCUCAAACUGAAGAAGAACAUUUGUAUGGAUUGGAAUUAGAGGAGGAAACAGAAAGUGUUGAAGAAGGUGGUGUAAAUCGGUCACACUUAAAUCUUGUGGAAACAAAUUUAGAUGGGAUAACAUCUGCCACAGAUGGUGAGACGACAGAGAAUGGUACAAUGUUACCAAGUGUUUCUAUGAGUACUCAUAAACAUCCUGAUUAUGAACAAAAGUGUGUUACUCCUUCAUAUGAGUAUAGUGUAUUUGAUUUAAAGAGACAACGACCAUUGCCAUUACGGCGUAAAAUUUUUGAAUUUUAUACUGCACCAAUAACAAAAUUUUUAGCGAAUUCUGCUGCAUAUUUUGUGUUUUUGGUACUGUUUACAUAUGUGGUACUGGUCCGUAUGGAACAAACUCCAUCUUGGCAAGAAUUGUAUGUUAUAGCUUAUAUAUGCACAUUUGGUUGUGAAAAAAUAAGAGAAAUUGUUUCUUCUGAACCCACCAGCAUAAGUGAUAAGUUUUCGGUUUGGGCAUGGAAUAUGUGGAAUCCAUGUGAUGCUGCAGCAAUAAUAUUCUUUCUCAUUGGUCUUUGUUUAAGAUUACAACCAUCAUCACAGGCUAUUGGGCGAGUUAUGUUUUGCACAGAUAUUAUUUAUUGGUAUUUACGAAUUCUAAAUAUACUCGGUGUUAACAAAUAUCUUGGGCCACUGGUAACAAUGAUGGGUAAAAUGAUCAAAAAUAUGCUGUACUUUGUAGUACUUUUACUCGUAGUACUUAUGAGUUUUGGAGUAAGCAGACAGUCGAUUUUAUUCCCAGAUGAGGAUCCUGAAUGGAUUUUAAUUCGACAAAUAUUUUUACAACCUUAUUUUAUGUUGUACGGAGAGGUAUAUGCUGAUCAAAUUUAUCCAGUAUGUGAUGAAUCAUCUGGUAUGACUCAUUGCCAAACUGGCCGAUGGGUUACACCUUUAGUAAUGGCCAUGUAUUUAUUAGUUGCCAAUAUUUUACUAAUUAAUCUUUUAAUUGCAGUAUUCAACAACAUUUUUAAUGAUAUAAAUGCUAUAUCUCAUCAGGUAUGGAUGUUUCAAAGGUUUACUGUUGUUAUGGAAUAUGAACAAAAACCAUCGCUUCCACCUCCUUUAAUAUUUUUUUGUCAUGUAUUUUUACUGGCUAAGUAUCUGUGUCGUAAAAUUCGAGGUAUUCAAGAAACUUAUGAUAAUGGGUUAAAAUUAUUUUUGUGUAACGAAGAAUUAGAACAGCUAUAUGAUUUUGAAGAAGAAUGUGUUGAAGGAUAUUUCCGUGAGAAAGAUUUUAAAAUACAAAUGUCUAUGGAAGAACGAAUUAAGAUGUCUUUAGAAAAAAUGGAACAUAUACAGCAAAAAGUAGAUGAUAUUAAUCAAAAGGAAAAUACACAUAGCACCUCAGUACAAGCUUUAGAAUUUCGUCUCCAUAAAAUAGAAGAUUUAAUGGAUCAAACCUUAUCUACUUUAGGAGUAAUACACCGAUUCAUGGCAACACAAAAUGGUGAUCAAGAUAGUGGUAGUAGUAGUGACAAUGCUCAAAAAAGAAGUAAUUCAUAUGAACCAGAUUUUGAUUCUGAUCCAAAAAUUCUUCCAAUAACUGGUAGAACAAGAUGUAUUAGUGAACGAUCAGACUUGUUAUCAGAUAUAUCUGAUGCUUUACCAACUGCAUAUCGUAGAAAAAAAAAGUAUUCAUUUAAUGAGAAACGCCCUUCAAACUUUUCUGAUAGUAAUUUUUUACUAUCACAAUUUGAUGGUGUUUCUUCAUUUAAUGAUAAAUCCGCUAUGGAACUGUUUAAUUAUGAAAAUCGUCGGAUGUCUCUUAACUCAGCUAGAACAUUAGAUAGAAAGUAUGAUACUGAAAGCACUUUAUCUCCAGAUUUUAACAGCAAAGAAGUUGAUGAUAUUGAUAGUGGUGAAGCUGAUAAAGGUGGUAGUGGUGAUCCGGCUAGAUCCAGUGUAGAUCGUACAAACUGGGUGGAACCACUUAUAAAAGUAUUUCCUCCUACACCAAGCAGACAAGUUUACUCAAGCUUAUUAUCACCACAUUGUGACCUUUCACCCAACCGAGGGAAUACACCUGUACCCCGUAUCAGGCAUGCAUCAGAGAUGUCAAAUCCAGAAAUUGCUAGAUACUUAGAAAAAGAACAUCUUAGAGAUGCAGAAGAGAAUGAUUACCACCUGAUGGAAGGUCUUAUCAAACAACAUAAACGACUUCCAUCAAAUACAAUUGAUAUACCAAUCUAUAACCGUAGUGAUAAUACAAUUCGUCUUCAAACAUGUACAGAUAUUGAUCCCAGUGAACCAGUUAUUAAUACAAAUACUAAUUCUGCAGAAAGCUCAACAUCCUAUAAUCAGCUCAAUGGUAUGUCUUCCAAAAAUUGUGAUUAAACCAAAUAUUAUGUUUAAAACAUAAGAUACCAAUUAAAUAGUGAUUAGAGUAUAUUUUAUUCUGUUAUAAAUUAUUCUUCAUUUGGGCUCGAAUUUGAAUCCAAUAGUGUACUUAAAUUAAA